GUAUUCUUGAUUGUUACUUGGUAACUGUUACUCCUGUAAAUAUAGAUGGCAAAACUUUUCUCGUAUGUGAAUUAAUCCAAUUACAAUAUGCCUCAAGGAGAAAUCAAGAAAAAAGGUCCAAAGAAUACUAAGAAUGCACACAAAAUUUCUAAACAGAAGAAAAAUGUAAAGAAAGGAGCCCGUUAUUAUGCUCCUAGAAAAGCUGCUGCAGUUAAAGAUCAUAUUGCCAAUGAGGGUAUUAGCAAGACUAUCAAUUCUCGCAAUGAACGCAUGGCUGCAGGACUUGCCAGUCAACAGAUGGGAAAAUUAACAGUUACCAAAAGCUUGGGAGAUGCUGCUGUUCAAGAGUUAAAAGAGCAGAAGCAUUAAUGAGCUGUUUCAACAAUGUUUACAAAAGGUUUUUGGGACUGGUAUAUGGUAAUAAAUUAUUGAUUUCAUAUUUCGGUAUUAUUUAAACAAUCUGCCAAAGGAGAAAAUACAUAUAUUUCUUGGAAGGACAACUAUGUACAUGAUUCACCAAAUAUAUAAUAAUAAUAACAAAUAAAA